UCGAAAGGGCUCUUCGGACCGUUUCCGCUUGCGCUAUUUCUUUUUCAGUCCUCCGUGGCAUGGCGGACGUGCUUUAACGAUUUGAAGUCGUACUGUAUUUUUGAAUUUCCGAGUGAAGUCGCUAUCGAAAAUGAGUUUGACGGCAUCUCGCCCGCUGGUCAGCAUCUAUUCUGACAAGAAUGAAGCCCUGAAGGAUAAGAAUCUUGCGUUGCCGUACGUGUUCAAGGCCCCGAUCCGUCCGGAUGUGGUGAGCGAAGUUUCGCAGCUGAUGCGCCGCAAUAAGCGCCAGGCUUAUGCCGUGAGUGAAGCUGCCGGUCACCAGACCUCGGCCGAAUCCUGGGGAACCGGUCGUGCCGUGGCCCGUAUUCCGCGUGUCCGUGGUGGUGGUACCCACCGUUCCGGCCAGGGUGCCUUCGGUAACAUGUGCCGUGGUGGACGUAUGUUUGCCCCGACCAAGACCUGGCGCCGUUGGCAUCGCAAGAUCAACGUGAACCUGAAGCGGUACGCCCUGGUUUCGGCCAUCGCCGCUUCCGGCGUUCCAGCCCUGGUGCAGUCCAGAGGACACGUCAUCGAUGGAAUUUCCGAGUUGCCCCUGGUCGUCUCCGAUGAGGUCCAGAAGUUCCAGAAGACCAAGCAGGCCGUCGCUUUCCUGCGCCGCUCCAAGGUCUGGGCCGAUGUCCAGAAGGUGUACAAGUCGCAGCGCAUGCGUGCUGGUCGCGGUAAGAUGCGCAACCGUCGUCGUGUCCAGCGCCGUGGUCCAUUGGUCAUCUACGCCAAGGACGAAGGUCUCCGCAAGGCAUUCCGCAACAUCCCCGGCGUCGAUACGAUGAGCGUCAAUCGUAUGAACCUGCUGAAGAUGGCUCCGGGUGGUCAUGUUGGCCGUCUGUGUGUCUGGACCGAAUCCGCUUUCGCCCAGUUGAACGAUAUCUAUGGCACCUGGAAGAACAAGUCCACCGUCAAGAAGGACUACAAUCUGCCAAACCCAUUGAUGGCCAACACCGAUCUGGCCCGUCUGCUGAAGAGCGAUGAAAUCCGCAAGGUCUUGAACCCGGCCAAGAAGACUGUCCAUCGUCAUGUGCGCCGUCUGAACCCGCUGACCAACACCCAGCAGCUCAUCAAGCUGAACCCAUACGCCCAGGUCACCAAGCGUCGUGCCCAGCUGGCUUCCAAGAAACGCAAGUACGAGCGUAUCAUCGCUUCGUUCAAGGCCCGUGGAAUCGAGCUGCCCAAGAAGAACACCGCCUUCAAGUUCCUGGAACAGGACAAGAAGCGCGUCGAGAAGGCGACCAAGACCAAGGAGGCUCGUAUGGCCAAGGUCAAGGCUUUGAAGGACGAGAAGCUGAAGAAGCGCGUGGCGAAGCACAAGGUCCAGGAAAAUGCCAGACGAGCUCGCAAGGGCUUGGCUCCGCUGAAGGGCAAGAAGUAAACCAGCUCGUAAGUUAGAAUGAGAAGGGGAAAGGAGGUGUGGAUGCUUCUUUUCAAUACUUUGUUUAUUGAUAAUACUGUGUAAGGAAAAAUAAAAGCUGAGGAGUGCAUACCUGUGGUACACGAGAAUAAUAAGUCUUAUUUUUACGAUUGUACAAAUUUAA